UAUAUAUAUAUAUAUAAGGAUAUUUAUGUUCCGAUCGAGUAAACGAGGAGUUUAAAAAAGUUGAAAAGGACAUAGGAUCUUUUAUCAAAAAGGACCAUAUACCUCGGCGAUUUAUAAUUUCUUCGAUUGUGUAGAUACUGUGAUAUAUCGGUAAUAAUAUACGCGGGUGUAGUUUAGAUAAUUCGAUCUCUUAGAGAUACGUGAAUUUAUUUUAUUUUUCGUUUUAUUAGUCAGUGAAGUGCCCUUUGGCCAUCGAAUGAGUAACUUUCAAACGAUAUCUUUGAUCUCCUUGAAGACCGACCAGUUCUGAUUAAAUUUCUCUGUCAUUUUCUGUGCGACAUCAUUCACGAAGCGACAUCGACUAUGGUAGUAUUGAGUCGCGUUGGUUCGCCGACGAUGUCAGCGACUGUCGCCGGUAAUCAGCAACAACAUCCUCAUCAGGAAUGGGAUAUCAAUGACUCAAAUGUUCCAAGGGUCGUGGAAUACGAUCCGUGGUGCGAAUGGGCGGAUGGCCACGUACGAAGGGUAUAUGGACCGGAUUGCGAAGAAGCAAGAAGACAUGCAUCUGGCUGGGCUAUGAGAAAUACAAACAAUCACAACGUCAGUAUCCUUAAAAAGUCUUGCCUCGGAGUUUUAGUCUGCUCGCAGGAAUGCAUAUUGCCUGGCGGUGGAAGGGUACAUCUCCGACCGGCGAUUUGCGACAAGGCUAGAAAGAAGCAACAAGGUAAACCCUGCCCAAACAGACAAUGCACUGGUCGCUUAGAAAUUUUAUCCUGUCGCGGCCAUUGCGGCUAUCCCGUUACUCAUUUCUGGCGGCAUACCGAACAUGCGAUAUUCUUCCAAGCCAAGGGACAACACGAUCAUCCACGACCAGAAGCAAAGUCUACUUCCGAAGCUAGAAGAAGCGUAGGCGCUGGCAAAAGGGUCAGAGGAUUAGCGGUUUUACUCGCAAGAGAGGCUGCUUUAGGUUCCAAGCUAAUGUCACUGAGGGGAACGAAAAGGUCAAAUACAGAUUCUGUCGAACAACCUCCAAGAACUGCAGCACCACCACCAUUGAUCUCGGACAAAGGAUAUUCCUGUUCUUGUCCACCUUUCGAAUGCAUGUGUGCCAUGCAAACGAACGUUUCAUCGUAUCAGCAACAGCAUCAGCAAACCACAAUCUAUAAUCAACAAACACCAUCGACUGAAUCAUAUUGGUUACCUGAUACGAUACCUAUGCAAGAAAAUACCGUAGGUUAUUGUCUACCAAAUCAAAUACCACAGGAAGCAUCCUAUCCUGAAUUUCCAACAUUUACCAGUGAUCUCUUCCAACCGGAAGAAAUCUUUCAAUUAGAUCAACCAUUACGACCGGACUUUCCAAUAAAUUCUCAAGACGUUGCUAGAUCACCACCGACUUUACUUGAUUUGGGAAGUGGUACCAUCAAAUACGAAGUAAAACAGCACAAUCAAGAACAAGUGUAUUGGAAUCAAUUUCUAAGCGAAGAUUCGAGCAGCAGUCAUCUUAGUAUGCCUCAAGACGAGAGACUUCAAUUCCCUGCAUUCGACACAGACAAAGACACAGGGUUCGCCUCGAGGAAAUCAAUGAAUCAAUACGUUUCUGAAAAGGAUCAGAAUCAGAGUCAUUCUCUCGAGGAUGCAUUGAACUUUCAAGGAUAUGGUCGAACGCAAACUCCAAAACCUUUUACAAACGAUCGUAUUAUAAAGAACGAUCAGGAUCAUCAGCCAUAUUGGAGUCAGUCUCAUCUGGACGAUCGACUUCAUUUCCCUGGUUUUGACGCACAUAAGGAAAAUAUUUUAUCAUCCAGAAGAGAUGUUGACUCUUUCAACAAAGACUGUCAGGGUACCAUGAUCGACAGAGCGAAUUACGGAACCUAUCAAAGACCGAAGAACGACAUGACACUAACUGAUCCUAAUCGUUCCGAUCGCAGUCCCGUCUCUGAAAACAGACAUCCCUAUUCCUUCGACGGCUAUCAAAUAUUUGAGGACUCAAAUUCAAAAAAUCAUCAAUCGAUCGUUCGACCGUCUCAUCCAAGAUCAAAUAACAUCGGACUUGACGAAAGAUCUCAAAACGUUUAUGGAGCGCAAGAGACGAACCCUGAAGUGACCGAAAGACUCUUUCCUGAGACCACGACGAUCGAGCCCUCUGUACAAUCUCAAAAUAGUCCAGAACCUUUCUUCUAUUCAAACAACGAUCGUUGUCAUUACACCUGUGAGGUCCUUGAUACCCGAUUGCCUCAAAUGACAAUGACAAACACAGCACCCGUUCAUCAUCCAGUUAAUGGUUACAGUGACGUCGCUGAUAUAGAUCUUCCACCUUUCGUAGACUAUACUCUCGUUGGGAUGCUGUGCAGUUCUACAGAGGAGGAUACGACGACAAGUAUGAUGACUGGCUGUCCUCCGAACUCUCAAGCUUUCGUUCCUCAUCACUAAAAAACAAAGAAAAAAGAUAACACGUUCCUUCGUCCGACAUAUGAAUUUGUAUUAUAAAUAAAUAUAUUACGUUAGUUGCACCACGAAUAACUGUGCAAUAGAGAUUUAAUUCCAUUUAAUCAGACAUGAUCGCGUCGAAAGGGCUAAAAUAUAUAUACAUAUAAAUAUAUAUAUAUAUAUAUAUAUAUAUAUAUAUAUAUAUAUAUAUGUAUAUUUUUCAGCCCUAUAUGUUUACAAGUACAUAAUACAUAUAUAUGUAUAUACAUGUACUUCAAGAAAGGGUGAAAAGGAUAAGAUUGAGGGAAUAGCUCCUACACGAAAGUACUCGAGUUCUCUAUAUAACUUUGAAAAAAGUCACAUCGUUUAUUUGUAAUUGUAUUUAUUCGUAACAGAUACUCUCACGAUCACAAUUGUAUGUAUAUUAUGUAAUAUUAUUGUAUACCUAUGGGUUACACUUUCUCGAUUACAUACGCAAUAUCUUUUUUUUCGCCUUAUUUCUUUCUUCUUCUUCUUCUUCUUCUUCUUAUUUCUUUUUUUUUCUUUUUGUUCUUUUAAAUCUCUUUUAUUCUCGAUCAUUGGCAAACGUAAAAGAGAGGAUGCACGAACGAAACGGGUGCGAAUCCGUCUACGCAAACAACGCACGUCAACCAACGAGAGAGGAUACCCAUGUGAAUAAUUUAUAUAUAUAAAACAUAUUUCCUUUCUUUUAUAGUAUUUUGAAAAAGAAAUAUCCGAGAUUUAAAAUUAAAAAAUAAUUAAAUAAAAGAAUGAGUCAAUUAUGAACCAUUUUGAGUUACAAUUAUACAAAAAAAGAAGAAAAAAAAAUAGAAAUGAAAAUGAAAAAAGAAAAAACCAAGAAGGAAAAAAAAAAAAGCUUUCUCUCGUUGAUACGUUUCGUUAUGUCAAUUAUGUUUGCGAAUCAAAGCGAACAAAUUCAUACUUUAAAGUUCUUUUAGCUCGAUAUUGCCACAACUCAGAUCUAACGUAAUCAAAUGUCUCAUCAAAAUGUUUUAUUUAAUUAUGAUCGAUUGUCCAAAAAAAAAAAAAAAAAAACAAGUAAAAGUAAACCAAUAAUAGAUUAGUUCCACUUUCUGUCUCUUAUCGCUAUCAUAUACCUUAUUCUGUUAGAGUUCCCUUCUCGUGGUUCUAAAUACUAUCUGAAGAGAAAAGAGAAAGAGAAAGAUAAGGAGAAAAAGGAAAGAGAUAAGAUAGAUAAAGAAAGAAAAGAGAGAGAAAGAGAGAGAGAGAGAGAGAGAGAGAGAGAAGGAAAAAGUUAAGAGAAAAGAAAGAAAUGAUUUUACAAAUUAUUUGAAUAACAUUCUUAUCAAAACAGAUCACAAACGUGUAAAACGAACACACAUAUUUAUCUAUACACACACACAUAUAUAUAUAUAUAUAUAUUUUUUUUUUUGUUUAGGCAUCUAAUGGUAAGUAAAAAAAAAGAAACCUUAAUAGUCAUAGGAUCGCUAAAAAAAAAAAUAAGAGCAACACUGCUCUUUCUCCUCUUUUGCGGACGUUAACACUCACGAUAAAUGUUUUUUUCUUCUCUUUUAUUAUUUCUCUUCUUAUUUUAAUAUUUUCCCUUUAGAAUCACGGCAUUUUCUAUAUUCACACUUCUCAUUUCUCCAUUUUCUAAUUUUUCUAAAUAUAUAUCUAUAUUGUUUUUGUAUGUGUGUUCAUUUAUGUAUAUGUGUCUGUGUGUGUGUGCGCGUGUGUGUGUGUGUGUGUGUAUGCCUGUGACUUUUCUUAAUACCAUUACAAAAUAUUUCUGAGAUGUGGCUCCGAGACAUGCUUCGCACCCAUCCAUGCAAUUACAUGUUUUUACUAUUUUUUUUUUUCUUUUUUUUUUUUAGGAAAGAAGGUUCACGAAAUCAUAUUAUUUUUUCUUUUCAUAUUUUAUAUUUUCUCGUUUUAUCACGAAUAUCGUGUAUUUAACGAUAGGACAGUAUCUUAUUCCGACUUUAUUAUCGUAUCCCGUUUUUUCUUUUUUUUUUUUUCUUUUUUUUUUUUGUUUAAUGGUCCACAACGUUGAAUGAUCGCUCGUAAUGUUUUUUUUUCUCGCUGAUUGAACUUAAUCGAUCGGCCAUCUUUUAAUCAGGCACACGGGUCGUUGUCUCUCUCUCGACAUUUUAGGGAAGAAAAAAAACUUAUUUAUUUCGCUAUUAUUAUCGAUAAAUAAUGUACAUGCACAUACGUUGCAGGCACGUUACUUUGAUACCCGAAUUUGUUGAACAGACAUCUAAAUCAUAGCUCCAUCGACGAGCUAGCGAUCCAAGAUCGAGGAAGAAAAUAAUGGAGCAGAAUCAUGAACGUUGGAAGAAACGGAGGAAAGAAAUAAUAUGAAUUGUCAAAGAAAUAAUACAAAUAAAAAAAAAAAUAAAAAAAAACGAACAAACUACCGAUCAUUUUUAAUUCUGCUUUCAACAAAAAGUAUCGAAGUAUCUUCGAAAAAUAAAAGAAAAACAGAAAGAUUCUCUCUUUGAUCCAUGGCUCUCAAUCUUUUCGAUCGGAUUGUUUUGAAAAUGCACGAGAAAUCCGGGUUUAUUCGUUUAGCGAGCGAACAUCGAUAAUAAAAGAAAGAAAUAUCCAAGAUUCGAUUGAAUCGGGAAGAGGAGGAGGUGAAGGAGAAGGAGUGAGGGAAGGGCGAGGGCCAAGAUUUUCAUUAAAAGAAAAGUAUGUCGAAUCAAAAUACAUCGAGAAGAGACUACGUUAUUAUUCAAUAAGAUUCAUUCUCUUCGACAUCGCUUUUCAAGAGUCCAGAGUCAAUUAAAAAUGAAUUAUUCCAAAAUUAUUCCACGAUGGAAACGCAAAGCGCAACGGCGAGUGACCGUUUAACGACGUUGCGAUUAAACGUUUGCCAACGUGUUUGUUUGCGAAAGUACGAAUUGAUAUAACGAUAAUUCAAAUAUACGUUAGAUAUAUACGCCUAAGAAAUCUUGUGGACCAGCUGAACGAACGAAAAUAAUAAUCUCGAUGAUAUCCAUCAAUUGCAAUCGUCGAAGUGCAAUCCUCUUAUCAAAUUUACAUACUCCUCGUUGGUUUGAUCAAUAAAUUUAGCAGGUUCAAUUAAUCCCUUGGCUUGUCAUUCUCUGUCUGUGUGAUCUUUAAAAGAACACGAUACGUAGAAUAGCAGACAUUUAAAAAUACGAUAUAGUUCAAUAAUCUAUAGCAUACCUUUGAGAUAAACGGAACAAUUAAAUAUCUGCUCUUCAUUUUCCUUUCAUUCGAUUCGAAUCUCGCGAAACUUAUCAUACACAUCGUCGCAGACAUUUAUACGGAUUUAUGAUAAAUUAGCAUAGAUCUUCCUUCGUUCCUUAAAAAUUACUUAGCCUUUAAUAAACCUUAGCCCGUAGCAGCGAGUUAGAUUCUUUCGAAAAUAUUAUUUAACAUAGACGGAGACGGUGUAUGAACGUGCGUGUCUGCGUAUUUCUACUUGUUGGAGGGUUAUUAUUUCGAUAAUAAAAGCCGAGCAUUUGUUAUUUUGCACUGAACGGAUCGAAAAAAUUGGGCUAAUAGGAACCGUAGGUCGCACGCACGUGAAUCAGCUAUAGUUUAUAUGCUCUCGUGCAACAUCGAUAUUAAAUAGAUUAAAAAAGGCCUCGUUGUCGAAUAACCAUCGGCCACGAGAAUAAGAGAGGGAAGUAUUCUUUUACC